AUGCGAGUGGCAGACCUUCGCAAAGAGCUAGACGACCGCGGUCUCGACAAAACUGGCAACAAGGCUGUUUUCGUUGUGCGUUUUGCCAAACUUUGUCUCUCACGCCGACGGUGCUAUUCUGUGUUUGUCUCAGAUUGUUGGUCUCCAGUGUGUGUGACUGGUUCUAAACCAUCUCCACGUACUGCUCACACACUGACAGCUGUGGAUGAGAAAAGAGUCAUCUUGUUUGGUGGUUGGGAUGGUGAGGAAUAUUUGAAUGAUUUGUGGUUAUUGGAUGUGCAGAAAAAGAUGUGGACUCACAUCACACCAUCUUCUCUAUUGUGGCCACAACCAAGAAGUCUCCACACUAUGUGUACAAUAUGCUGUAAAGAUGAAGAGAUUAAGGUGUUACUGAUGGGAGGACAUGAUGGAAGUGUUAUGAAAGACUGUUGGAUGAUAGAUGUGAUGAGAGGCAGCAGUGAGAAGGAUUGA